AGCUAAAAAAUUCCAGAACGCGAAGCAGAUUAAUAAUGGCAAUGCGGCGAUGGCCAUUGGCCAAUGGAUUAGAACUCUCCAUUGUUUUGAGCCACAAUCGAUGGGCGUAAUUGAAACGUUCUCCAUUUGAUAUCAUUUUCUAUGUUGACGACGGACUGAAGAAGUAUAUACACAUUUUUCCUUCUUGGAAAGUAUGCACUUAUAUAAAAGUUGCAGGAGGGAUCUCUAGAACUUAAAUAGCUUCAUAAAUCGUACGAUCCCAAAUUGCUAUUGAUCCGAACAACGCACGGAACAAGCUAGGGUUGUCAACAAUGUCCAACACUGCUGGCCUUGUUAUUCCAUGCAACGCUGCAGUUGCAUGGGAAGCAGGGAAGCCUCUGGUGAUACAGAGGGUGGAGGUUGCACCCCCACAGGCCAUGGAGGUGAGGAUCAAGAUCAAGUACACCUCUCUUUGUCACACUGACCUCUAUUUCUGGGAAGCCAAGGGACAAACACCACUCUUUCCUCGCAUAUUUGGUCAUGAAGCAGCAGGAGUUGUGGAGAGUGUUGGUGAAGGGGUUGAAGACCUCCAGGCUGGGGACCACGUUCUUCCGGUAUUUACUGGUGAAUGCGGGGAAUGUGCACACUGUAAAUCUGCUGAAAGCAACAUGUGUGAUCUCCUGAGGAUAAACACUGAUAGAGGUGUCAUGCUGAAUGAUGGAAAAUCUAGAUUUUCUGUCAAUGGAGAACCCAUAAACCAUUUCUUAGGCACAUCAACUUUCAGCGAGUACACGGUUGUGCAUUCAGGCUGUCUUGCUAAGAUCAAUCCAUUGGCACCACUUGACAAAGUUUGUAUUUUAAGUUGUGGCAUCUCCACAGGAUUAGGUGCAACUUUAAAUGUAGCUAAGCCAAAACAAGGAUCUUCUGUAGCCAUAUUUGGUCUUGGAGCUGUUGGCCUUGCUGCUGCUGAAGGUGCACGAAUUGCUGGGGCAUCAAGAAUUAUUGGUGUUGACCUUAAUCCUAAAAGGUUUGAGGAAGCCAAGAAAUUUGGAGUGAAUGAGUUUGUGAAUCCCAAGGACUAUGAUAGACCAGUUCAACAGGUAAUAACAGAAAUGACGAAUGGUGGUGUUGAUAGGAGCGUGGAGUGCACUGGUCAUAUCAGUGCUAUGAUAUCUGCCUUUGAAUGUGUUCAUGAUGGGUGGGGUGUUGCUGUAUUAGUUGGUGUUCCUAACAAGGAAGCAGUUUUCAUGACGAAGCCGAUAAACUUGCUGAAUGAGCGGACUCUUAAAGGAACAUUCUUUGGUAACUAUAAACCGAGGAGUGAUCUGCCAUCUGUUGUUGAAAUGUACAUGAACAAGACACUUGAAGUUGAGAAGUUUAUAACUCACCGUGUUCCGUUUUCUGAUAUCAACAAAGCAUUUGAUUACAUGCUGAGAGGGGAAGGACUGAGAUGCAUAAUCAGCAUGGAAGAUUAGUGGCCUUAUACAAACUGAUGUUUGAAUGUAUUCAAUAUUCAUGUAUGGUGGUGUUUUGAGCAACACUUGCUUUCAAAUCUAAACCCCAUCUUUUGUCAGAAUAAAAUUUCCUUUCAACAUUUCAUCAUAUGAACUGGAAUUUGUAAAUGGUGUACAAAUACAGUAUUUUGAAUAAAACAAAAGCUAUUUCUAUUGGUGUCAUCAUGUAGGCUAUGGAAUUAGUAUGAGUGCAUGUAAUCGCCUCUCGGGGGGUCAAGGUUAACCCGUCC